AUGAACGAACCAGGGGGGAUUAUGAAAGACCAAGUGGGGAUAAUGAACCAACCAGGACGGAUUAUGGACGAACCAGGACGGAUUAUGAACCAACCAGGGAGUAUUAUGAACGAGCAAGGAAAAGGCACCCUGCUGGUGAGCGAACGGAACAAAGAACCAAACGUGCACAGUGAAAGACGUCCAACAGACCCCCAUGGUGAGACGCACGAAAAGAAAAAAACCCUCCACCAAGAAAUGCCAACAGGUAAUGUAACAACCGGGGAGGAGGAAGAAAAAAAAAGAAAAAAAAAAAAAAGAAAAAAAACAGAAAAAACAGAAAAUUUGCUAAAGGAGAACCGAAAAAGUGACAUCAAGGAAGAAAAGAUAAACACAGAGAGUUCAAAAAUGGAUCCACCUGAGGAAAAAGACAACAGAAGUGCAAAUCUCAAUGAAGAGACGUUCGUGAAGAAAGCACCUAGUGAUGACCUGGUGUGCAUACCACGAGAAGAACGUGCGUCUAAAAUGGGCACGAACAAGGCGGAAACGUCUAACGGGCAGGAAAGAUCCAAGACAGCAAAACUCACCAAACUGAUGCCAGAAAGAGGGGGCAAAAAGGAAGAAGCGAGAGGCAGUAGUGACCCAGUGAGAGGCAAGAGUGACCCAGGGAGGGGCAAGGAUGGUGCCCUAGGAAGCAGAAAUGAGUUAAUGGAGAGGAGGAAUGGCUCGAUGCACACUCCCAAGGGGUCAUUGGGAAGUCGCGAUGGCCUCCAAAAUAACCCAGCGGGCUUCUCGCCCAAUUCUGCGCCAAGAUCGGCCCAAAAAUUGGCCUCAAAAUCGGCCCCAAAAUUGAUCUCAAAAUUGGCCCCAAAAUUGGCCUCAAAAUUGGCACCCAAAUUGUCCUCAAAGUUGCCACCCAAAUCGGCCUCAAAAUUGGCACCAAAAUCGGCCCAAAAAUUGGCACCCAAAUUGUCCUCAAAGUUGCCACCCAAAUCGGCCUCAAAAUUGGCAGUCAAUUCUGCGCCAACCGCCGCGCCGCACCUCCCGCGAAGUGGCCCCGUGAGCACCAUUGCGUUGAACCGAGGCAAGUGCGCCUCGCUAAAGAAGGUGCCUCCAUCGACGUCCCACGGACAGAGAGGCAAAACGAACUUCCCAUCAGUGCAUCCGGGUUUGAGGAAGGAAAGCACCACGCCGAGGGGGAGUGAAGACAAACGGAAGAGGAACCCAUUUGAGAUAUCUCGGGAGAAAAAAAUGACCAUUUUGAUGAAGCGGAUCCGGUGCUUGACCUCCUUCGAAAGUGGCACUGAGAGCAGCGGGGGGGGAAAUGAAGUAGGACAGAGGGGUUGCCCCAGUGACGGUGGAGGGGAGGAAGUAGGACCGAGGUGUAGCAUAAAAGGCGGGGGGAUAGAUGCUACUACCAAUGCAACUUCUAUCCACCCUGGAGGGGGAAUAGAUGCUGCUACCAAUGCAACUUCUAGCCCGCCUGGUGGGGGAACAGAUGGUUUAAAUGGAACGUCUAACCCUCCCAGAGAAGCGAAGGAGCAGAAGGAGACCCUACUCCUCCUCCUGACGAGGGACUUCCGCGUGAAUGACAACUGGGCGCUGACAUACGCACACGAGAUGGCGAAAAAGAAGGGGUUCUCCCUCAUCGCCUGCACAUGCCUAAACAGGAAAGAAAAAGUAACGAACCGAUUUAUUUACACAAAGUUGAAGGUGCUAAAAAAUCUAGAGCAUGGACUGAAGCAGAUGAACAUCCCCUUCUACAUCUUACCUCUCUACAUGAUCGAUGAAUUUAUUGAAUUCAUAAAAAUGCAUCAUGUAAAAAUAAUCACAUGUGACCUGCAUGUUCUGCAUGAUGAGAGAGCAUUCAUUAAAUCCCUAUCUCAUUUUUGUAACAAGAGGAAGGUGAAAAUGUUCCAGGUGGAUUCACACAAUGUUGUCCCCAUGUGGGUGACUUCCAAAGUGGAGGAAUUCUCAGUGAGGACGAUCAAGCCAAAGAUACAGACCCUUCUACCAACAUUCCUAACUGAGUAUGUGUCGUUGGACACUUUUGAGCAAAAUUUGAAAUUCCCUGACCCCUUCGACAUAGAGGAGAUGAUUAACAAGCUCACCGUGUCUAAGACUUCUGAGGUGGUCCCCAAUUUUGUCCCCACCGAAAAGAAGGCCCAUGAAUUGCUGAGCCAUUUUUGCAGGAAGGCCCUCGAUAAGUACAACGUGAAGAGGAACGACCCCAAUAGCGACGCCGGCAAUGUGCUGCUGCCCUACGUCAACUUGGGGGUCAUAUCUUCCCAGAGGUGCGUCCUGGAGGUGCACAAACACGCGUACAGCAACCCGUCCAUAAACGCGGUGAGCGGAAAGGAGUCCUUCAGCGACGACUUUAUCAUGCGCAAGGAGCUGGCGGACAACUACUGCUAUUAUAACAAAAAUUACGACAACUUCGAAGGCGGCAGGGACUGGGCCAAGGAAAGUCUCAAAAAACACGACGCAGAUAAGAGGGAGUACCUAUAUGACUAUGAAGAUUUUCGGAGUGCCAAGACACACAGUGAUAUGUGGAAUUGUUGCCAGCUGCAAUUUAUCCAUGAAGGAAUGAUGCAUGAUUUUUUAAAAGUUUACUGGGCGAAGAAAAUUCUGAACUGGUCAGGUAAUUCUCAGACUGCCUUAAAAUAUGCCCUUCAGUUAAAUGACGAAUUCUCUAUUGAUGGGAAGACCCCCAGUGGGUAUGCUUCCAUCAUGUGGUCUAUCAUGGGAGUGCAUGACCAGAGUUGGAACGAGAGGGACAUUUUUGGGAAAGUUCGAUUUAUAAAUAGUAACGGAUGUAAACGUAAUUUCGAUGUGAACAUGUUCAUGUCAAAAUAUCCCAAGGGAAAGGAGAACGCCUCAAUUGUGAAGAAAAUUCCGACCAUUACGUUUGCCAGUUAUUUGAAGAAGAGGAAAAGCGGCCCCGCGCUUCCUCUUCAGGAGUCCACACGGAAGAAGCACAGCAAGGGGCCACUUUUCCGCUGA